GAAUCCAGCAUCGAAGGGCAGUGGUGGAGGCCACUAGUGGCAAAUCGUCAUUCGACCCGAGUGAGAAGAUUGACGACUUCACAUCAUACUUAGAGAAACAAUGGGAGGAGACAGAACAGAAGCCAGCUGCUGUGGCGGUGAUCCUUGCUGGCCUUGUGGCCCUCUAUGCAGUCAACGGCGUUGUUGGCAGCGUGGAGAAGAUUCCCAUCUUUGGGUUCGUCUUUGAGAUCGUGGGCAUAUUGGUGUCGGGGUGGUUUGCAUUUCGGUACCUUGUGUUCGAGAGUGACAGGGCGGAGUUCAAGCAGACGUUCGAUGACUUCAUCAGCAAAAUCAAAGGCAACUAA